AUGGAUGAAAUGCUAGAUCGGUUGGAUGUAGUUUCAUCAAUGAAUUGUAGUGAACAUGUAUGUCAAGAUGUUACGAAACCCCCUCGCAAAGUAAGCUUUAGAGGUAGUUUGAAUGAUAUUGAAGAGUAUUACAAUAUUGUAGUACUAGAUAAUCCGGAAGCAAAACGAUAUUGUGAUAAUUGUGGAUUUUCUUAUGUUUUUGAGUUUGAUUUCGCCAAUGGGGAUAGAGGCUUAGUUGAAGCCAUAGCUGAGAGAUGGUGGUCAAAAACCAAGAGUUUUCACUUUCGGGAGUUUGAAAUUGGCCUCAUUCCUUUAGAUUGGUACAUGUUAAAUGGAAUUCCCACCGGUGACCCUAGUAAACAACCAGUACUUAUGCCGUCGUUGGGUAGUGAUCUAACAUAUCCCGCUCUGGAUGAUUUAUAUUUUUCGGAUAUCAAAAAUUAUGGUUCAUGGGACUCUAAGAAAAGCUCAUUAUCCUUAGAAUUCUUGAGAGUGUACAUGGAUAGUAGAAAAGACCAGGAUAAUACUGGGUGUGCACAGACAUUGACACGAGCAUUCUUUAUGUGGUGUUUUGGUCAUUUUCUUCUAGCGCAUUCUACUGGAAAAGUAGAUAAACGUUGGGUUUUGUUGUUGGCUGAAUUAGAUAGAGUUGGGGAGUAUGAUUGGGGUCUAGCUUCAUUAGGUAAUACCUAUAAAUAUCUCGACGAUUGGUCAACCAAGGGUACUAAUUUAGCUGGCAUUCUUAUGGUACUUGAGUAUUGGUACUAUUACUACUUCUGCAACAUGCAACCUUUUCUUUUUCGGUCACCUGAAGGUCAUUAUGAUGUUUUCCCAAAGAUUUGUCUCUUCAAGAAGAUUAGGAUUGUAUCAAAGAAUAAAGGACAUCAAGGAGGUCAAAAGGAUACAAUAAAACACUCACUCAAAAGCGCAAGAAUACAGAUUGACACUAGAACAAGGGAAUCAUGUAUUUUGCAACCAUGGGAAGAUAGUAUGUAUUCUGUGGGAGACCAAUAUGAGUAUGCACUAAAUAUAUCCAAAAAGAGAGUUAUGUUUUUUGACUUUGAAAAACGCACAAAAGUUAGUUGUUACUUGGCAGAGAGAUUCCAGUGGCAGAUUAUAGGUGAGAUUGUAGUCCCAACAAAUCCUCCAAGUUUGGAUCAAAUUGAUGACAAAGAUAUUGUAGAGGUCACCGAAUUUUAUGCAGUCACUGAGGAUCAAUGUAACACUUGGUGGAAGAAGAAGAGUGUUGGACCUUAG